AGAAGUCCUCCAAACAUGAAUGCAACUCCCAUCACAGGCUGACGGCCAUGAGACUUGUAGUGCCCAUGUAUGGCCUGGCUCUGGCACUCCUGGGAUCAGCAUCCCAACCCUGUCCUCCCAGUAAUGCAGACUAUGCCGCACUGCGCAUGCGGUUACUUUAAGAGGCGGCGUGCGCGCUCCCGCUUCUCCUCGUUGUUCUCGCCAUGAUCUGCCUGGUGCUCACCAUCUUCGCUCACAUCUUCCCGACAGCAUGGACCGGGAUAAAUGAGCGCACUUUCCUGGCCAUAAAGCCUGAUGGGUGCCAGCGGCGCCUCGUUGGCGAGAUCAUCCGACGCUUUGAGCGGAAGGGGUUCCACUUGGUUGCGAUGAAGAUGAUGCAGGCGUCCGAGACACUGUUAAAGGAACAUUAUUCAGCUCUGCGGGACAAACCGUUCUAUGGCCGCCUGGUGAAGUAUAUGAGUUCUGGACCGGUUGUUGCUAUGGUUUGGCAGGGUUUGAAUGUGGUGAAGACUGCCCGUGUUAUGUUAGGGGAGACUAAUCCUGCAGAUUCCUUACCAGGAACUAUCAGAGGAGAUUUCUGUGUGGACAUCAGCAGAAACGUGAUCCACGGCAGCGACUCGUUUGAGAGUGCCCAGCGUGAAAUCUCUCUGUGGUUCCAGCCGGAGGAGUUAGUCUGCUGGCAAGGCGCCUCUGAAAGCUGGAUCUACGAGUAAAUGAAGCGCUCUCUGGAACAUUUUAAGGAAGGGGUUGGGGGUAGGGCAUUCUAGAAAAGAGCAUCAUUAUGGUAGAGCGGUUUGUUUAAACCGCAGCAAAUUUUGAGGCUAUUAGUUGUGGGGUUGAGAAGGCAGUCUUUGGCUGUAAAUUAUGUGGGGUUAAAAAAAAUAAAUCAAAAAAUCAAUUAUUCCGUCCUACAGACGAAAGCAUUAAUUUACUGUAUCCAAAGCCAGACCUCCUGUGGCAGUGAUGGACAUCCAUGACACUAAAUUCUGGCUAAGCAUUAUGGGAAGUGUAGUUCAGACAUAUUUGCAAGGUUAACAAUCAUAGGGUUGCACUAAUUAGCAUCUCUGUACCUCUGUUUACCAAUUAGCACUUUUUUGAUGCAAAUACAGGGGGCAGUGGUACCUGUUCUAGAUCACAUGAAUGAUUUAUGUAACUUGCAGAUUGGAAUGUUUUAGAUCUUCUCGUUCUAAAGAUGUAAGUAUAGUGAUGUAUUUAUGGCAAUAUUGUUUCUCAGGCAGCGAGCGCUUUAUUCCCUCCUCAUAAGAAAGCAUUGACUCAAUGCUUUAAUGCUUUCCUAUGGGGAUUCAACUGCCGCUGGAUGUUCGCGUGAGGACGUCCAGCUUUAUUUAGGCAACCUAUAGUUCAGUAAAAUCCACGAGAGGCUGUCUUAGUGCUGCAAUGUAAAUGUAGUUUCUCCAAAACGGCAAUGAUUUACAUUGCAGAACUAAGUGUGACAGGGACGCUGCUCUCAGACCACAUCAACGAGCUGCAGUGGUCUGGGUGCCUAUAGUGUCCCUUUAAGCCGUUCUGUCAAGGGGGAUUUAAUGCUCGCCAUUUUUAAAUGCUGAGUUAUAUACAUGAAUGGCAAAACAUUUGCAUCAGGGUUUCAUGUAAGUCCUACAAGAAAAUGGAGAGAGAGCUUGAAAGAGUUAAUAAUUAAGUGCACUAACUUAACCUGAAAAAAAUGGAAGAACCACUAAUUUUUUUUUUUUCUCUAAGCGUCAGGGUUAGAUGGAUCUGGUUAUAGUUCAAUAAAUCAUGAGAUCCAUGAUUGUAUACGCUCCUCUGUAUCUAACGAGUCAUCAAACAUCUUGGAAUUGAAGGGAACUACAAGUUAAAGACCAAGGUGGCCAAACUGGAAGAAUUCUCCAGAUAUUAUUACAAAAACACUGAAACAGAAACAUUCUCCAACUAGCUCGGCUAGUAUGGCCUUAAUAUAACUUGUCUAAUGCAGUAUUCACUAUAUACAUGUAUAGAAUGUCUGUGCAAGGCUGGAAAGGUAUCAUUGAGAUUUGCCAACUGAGGGAAGUUGUCUCAGGUCAGGAGAGCAGAGUUACUGACAGACUGAGGCGUUUAUCUAGGAAACAGCGAGUUUGUUACUUCUAAAAACAUUGGAUGACAUGUUAACGCAAACACCCACAGAGAAUAUGAAUGUAACACCCAGCUUUGCACAUUCUGGCUUCAGAUCUGACAUGCAUUUAGCAGUUUAUGGGAUAAAAAAAACAGGAAUUUGUUACUUGGGCUGCAAAGAAAAUAACUUUCGUAUUUUUUAUUUUUUCUUUUGUAAUAAAAAAAAUUGCAGAGUAA